GGCGGGACGUGCUUUGUUGAUUACCUGCUGCUAUGGUGUAAGAACUGCCGACUCACACCUUAAAUCACGGGUAAUAAUAACUGCAUUAUCUUGAGUAAAGUAAAAAAAAAUAAAAUAAAAAAAAAAGGAAGUUUCACAGGAGGCGGAACUGUGUCUGUCCUGUUCUGCCAUACCAAGCUGUGUCGCAAACCACACAGUCGACCGACCAUGAAUAUCCGCACAGAGCAAACUUUCCUUUUUCUAGCGUCUGUUUUACUUCUUUGUGUUGCUACAGACCUGCAUGCACCUGAAGUCCAUACAAAGCUUGGGAGCCUGAGAGGUGAGUAUGUGAGUGUAAAGGGGAGAGAGACUGGGGUCCAUGCCUACCUGGGUGUCCCAUUUGCUAAGCCGCCUGUAGGCCCUGCUCUGAGACUGGCUGCACCUCAGCCUGUAGAGGGAUGGGAAGGAGUGAGAGACGCCACCCAACAGCCGCCCAUGUGUAUUCAAAAUAAGCAGUUUCUCAUAGAUCUGCUUGAUCAUCUCGGUGGCAUGUUGGCAGUUGUCCCAGAUAUUUCAGAAGAUUGUCUUUACCUCAACAUUUACACUCCUGCAACUAGAGCUCAUGAUGCCAAACUCCCAGUCAUGGUUUGGAUCCAUGGUGGUGGAUUUGGUAUUGGGUCAGCUUCAAUGUAUGAUGGCUCAGCCUUGGCUGCUUACCAGGACGUGGUUGUAGUUCUAAUCCAGUACCGCUUGGGACUUCUGGGCUUUCUCAGCACAGGAGAUGAGCACAUAUCAGGGAACUUUGGCCUGCUGGACCAGGUACAAGCAUUGAGGUGGAUCCAGCAGCACAUUCACAACUUUGGAGGAGACCCAACUUCAGUCACUGUAUUUGGAGAGUCUGCAGGUGGAGUGAGCGUGUCCCUCAUGCUUCUCUCACCAUUGUCUGAUGGCCUGUUCCACCAAGCCAUUGCAGAGAGUGGCACUGCUGCAAUGGAUAUGAUCAUAAUAAAUGAUCCUCUACCAAUAACGCAGGUCGUGGCAAAUGCAUCUGGAUGUAGCAUCGAAAGCACAGAGAAGAUUGCUGAUUGUAUGAGAAACCUCAAUAUUGAUACUAUUAUGACUAUUGUGCAGGAUGUAAAACUACGAUUUACUGUAACUGUUGAUGGACACUUUCUGACAAGACCCGUGGAUGAACUGUUCCAAAAACAUGAACUUCUUACUGUACCGUUCAUGACUGGUGUUAAUAAUGAUGAAGGGGGCUGGUUAUUAUCCAAUGCCUUUGCUCCUCCAAAUUGGACAGAGGGAAUCGAUCAGGAGCAUGUUGUGAACAUACUCUCCUUAUUCUUCCCUGAUCCCAAAGAUGCAAUCGCAAGAGAUCUGAUGGUAGAUGAAUAUUUUGGAACUGGUGAAGAUCGUGUGAAAAAUAGAGAUGGCUUUACUGAGAUGAUUGGAGACAUGCUGUUCACCAUUCCAGCCAUUAAGACUGCAAAUGCUCACAGAGAUGCAGGCGCUCCUGUUUACCUGUAUGAGUACCAGCAUUCUCCCAAAUUCUUGCAAGCAAAAAGGCCGAGCUUUGUUGGGAGUGACCAUGCAGAUGAAAUCCUUACAGUGUUUGGACUCUGCUUCACUACCACUCAUGUCAAAUUAACAGAUGCAUGCCCAGAAGAGGAGGAACAGUUGAGCAGAACCAUGAUGAGCUACUGGGGCAACUUUGCUCACACAGGGUCUCCUAAUGGGCACAGCCUUGUCCACUGGCCAAAGUAUGGAGUAGAUGAAGAAUACCUGGCAAUUGAUAUAAAGGAGCAGGUAAUUGGUCAGCACCUGAAGAGGGAUCGCUUUGUCUUCAUGACUCAGACCCUCCCAGAGAAGAUCCAACAGCAUGAAGAGAAGAUGGAUCACAACGAGCUGUAGAGCAUUCACCGCUCAUCUUUCUCUGUUCCAUCAACAUUUUUUUUCAUUCAUACAUUGAGAAAAUAAGUUCACAUUUAUUCUAAUAUAUGUUAAAACAAGAGUCAGGUGCCCACAUGAACCUUGAAAUAAGUGUUACUUAAAUUUAUGUAACUGUUCCUCCCGUUUAUACUGACCGUUAGAUCAGUUUCAGUUUCUAACAUGCUUUUAAUGUAAGUAAUGGGGGAAAAACAGCACUUUACUUCUGUGCUAAAAUGUAUUUAGAAGUGUAAUAUAAGCUAAUAUGAGGCUUCAGCCCUUCAAAUUAGUCAAAUCAAGUGGAUAUCAUCCUAAAUUACAGAUAGUUUUUCACACAAAUUUCAAAGUUUUUGAUGCAAUCCAUCCACUGCAACUCGGCAAGGAAAUGCUGUCCAGGGAAAUAAAAAGAGGAUAUCAAAAAAGACUGGAAAUAUCCACAUGAUUUUUAUAAUCUGUAUAGGAAUGAGGACUGUGCUUCCAUCCCUUACAUUGACAGCACAUUAGGAUGGGAUCCUCAAAUGAUUGAUAUGAGCAGGAGGAAUGACUACAGCAACUCAAAACUCUUGUUCAUCUGACUUGUUUUAAGAUGGACUAAAACAUUGUGAACCUGUCCUUUAAUGGCAAACUCCAGGAGAGACCAUUUUACACUCUCCCCAAUAUACAAACUGCCAUUACACAGAGAUAGCUUGACAAGUGCUCAGGUUUAAACAAGCUGGUAGAUUUGCAUACCAGUCACAGCUUUUCACAUUCACAACAAUGCAGUAGGUUUACUUUAAGACAUGGAAUAACCUCAACAAUAAACCAAGGUGUAUCAGUAGAAAACACAGAUACCCAGUGCAAAGGAAAUUAAUGCAUUUGUUGGUAUAAAUCAUAGACAGUACAAUGAAAUGAUAUGGCCACAUGAACAGUAUGUCUUUAUGGAUGAUAGUCACACUUGUCCUUGUUCGUAAGCAGAGAAAACCUACAGACAUACAUACUGAGGUGCAUUUGAACAGUGAUGCAAAUGCUUAGCUCAGUAAAAAGUGAAUGAACUACAUAGUAACUACAAAUUGUUUUUUUAAUCGAACUAAGAAAAGUGAUUUGUAAUUUCCACCUUUAUAACAAAUUAGUAAUUUGUGUCACCCUUGUGUUGAAAUAGUUUCCAAAAUGAUUUAAUUUGAAUACAAAAUAUCAAUGUUUCCUACAUUAUUGUUGUCAUCAAAGCCUCAGACCUCAGGUUAAUUUGUUCCGUACAAAAGUUUGGGUUUCACCCAUGACUCGACAAAAGCAACAAAUCUGAAAAUCUGAAUUGAAAAUGUAAUAUCAAAUCAUGUUUCCUGUUAAAGAGCUGUGAGAAUGUGAUGAAAUGUAUAUGUGUUUCUUCAUAUUUAGAAUAAACGGGAUGCAUUCUUACAUUUCAA